CGUCCCUCCCCUUCCUCCGUUUCCCACCCCUCCAAAAAAAAUUCACCUCACGCCCCCGGGCCCCGGGCCUCCCCCCCGCGCCGACGACCCCCCGAAGCUCCCGGAGGCUUCUAGGGCCUCGCCGCCGCCGCCGCCGCCGCCCCCCCUCCCACCAAUCGCCGCCUCCGGCAGCGGCGAGGCCGCUUCGCAGACGGCGGAGGGACGGUGCUAGGGUUUGCAGCCGCGGCCGCCGGCGCCCGCGGAGGAGGAUGCAUAUGAUGCGGCGGCUCAAGAGCAUCGCCUCCGGCCGCUCCUCCGUCUCCGAUCCGGGUGGUGACUCUGGCUCAAAAAGGCCAAAAUUUGAUCAGGAUGGAUUGGGCGAUAUUGUCAUUCAACCACAUCUAUCUGAUGACAAACCUAUGCAUCUAGACCAAGAAUCAUCAUCAUCAUCAUCAUCAUCAUCUCAUAGAGAUGCUGAGGCAAGCACAUCUACUAGUAUGAAUCCUGCUAAAGCUGAAGAAACAGGUGCAGAUCUUCCGAAAGGAAUGAAUGAUAUGACAAUAAGCGAUGAUAAAGUUGGCCAUAAUAAUGAUAAGGAGGCUGAAGGGGUUACCGUUGAUGGAAGUGGAACAGAAGCUGGCCAGAUCAUUGUGACGACAAUAGGAGGUCAAAAUGGGAAGCCAAAGCAGAAGGUCUCAUACAUGGCAGAACGCGUCGUUGGGACUGGUUCGUUUGGUGUAGUAUACCAGGCCAAGUGCUUGGAAACUGGAGAGACUGUUGCCAUUAAGAAGGUGCUGCAGGAUAAGAGAUAUAAGAACAGAGAGUUGCAAACAAUGCAGUUACUUGAGCAUCCAAAUGUAGUUCAGCUAAAGCAUCACUUCUUUUCGACAACUGAGAGGGGUGAAGUGUACCUAAACCUUGUACUUGAAUAUGUCUCGGAGACAGUUUAUCGUGUUGCCAAAUAUUAUUGUCGGCUGAACCAGCGUGUACCCAUACUAUAUGUUAAGUUGUAUGCAUAUCAGAUGUGCCGGGCCCUUGCAUAUAUCCAUCGUGUUGUUGGUGUAUGCCAUCGAGAUAUUAAGCCGCAAAAUCUGUUGGUCAAUCCUCAUAUGCAUAAACUUAAGCUUUGUGAUUUUGGGAGUGCUAAAAAACUGGUCCCUGGAGAGCCAAACAUCUCAUACAUCUGCUCGCGGUAUUAUAGGGCUCCUGAACUAAUAUUUGGAGCUACAGAGUACACCACAGCAAUUGAUAUCUGGUCUGUUGGUUGUGUAGUAGCUGAGCUUCUGAUUGGUCAGCCUCUGUUUCCUGGAGAAAGUGGCGUUGAUCAGUUGGUUGAAAUUAUAAAGAUUUUGGGUACCCCAACAAGAGAAGAAAUCAGAUGCAUGAACCCAAACUACUCCGAAUUCAAGUUCCCUCAGAUAAAAGCUCAUCCCUGGCACAAGCUUUUUGGUAAGCGUAUGCCACCUGAAGCAGUUGAUCUUGUGUCAAGGCUACUUCAGUACUCACCAAAUCUGCGCUGCACAGCUGUCGAUGCUUGUGCCCAUCCGUUCUUCGAUGAACUGCGGGAUCCCAAGACCUGCUUGCCAAAUGGACGGCCAUUACCACCAUUAUUCAACUUCUCGGGAGCUGAGCUAGAAGGCCUCCCUGUUGAGCUACUCCACCGGAUCAUUCCUGAACAUAUGAGGAAGUGAAGAGAGAUGGCGGCUGGAGAAGCGGUCGCUAUUUCUCGGCGCCACUGUGCGGGUGGAGACCGGACACCGCGAGCAUAUCCAUGGCUCGUCGUGGAUUUGAUCUGGAGUAGACUCCCCGGCUGGCCUGGACUGGCCUGGAGCUAGAGAAGGGCAACCGCGGGCAUGUGCCCAGGGCCCAGACCCACCCACACUGCUGUGGGCCCCUGUUUUAAGUGUGUGUUUAUGUCGUUUGAUGAAAGAAUAGUAUGUUGCUCGUUUCCAGCUUUCAGAAUUUUCUCAGUGAAGCAUGAAAAUGAUGAUGUCACGCUUCGUAUUGACAUGGGAUUCAAAUUCGAAUCCCAUAUCCGAGGCAUUCAUGGUGGAUACCUUUUGACUUGACCAAGUUGCCAGCAGAUGCGUUUUCGACCA